UUUGCUUAUGUAAUAUCGAUGAAAUGAACAAGUUUAACGCAUAAAAAUUUUCUCCUCAUUUUAUUUUAUCACUGUCAUGAUAAAAAUGACUCCCUGCCUUGUCCUAUUGUUGUUUCACUGACAACCACAACAGCACACAUAUCAAUUCACAGAUAAGUUAUCCCAGUAUGUCAUCUCUAAAUCAGAAACAGUACAUCUUCUAUGUUGAACUUGUUGUUAUUUCAUUCACUGGAUUAGGAGGUCUGCUGUCUUUGAUAAGUGUAUGUGUUAGACGUUGUUGGAUAUCUGACAAAUUUCUUGAAGCAGUACAUAUGCACACAAAUUAUCAAAACUUGACCCGAUGUGAAACAUCAUGCCUGCUCGCUAUAAUUGGAACAAUAUGCAGUGAAAUAUCAGCAUUUUUUGGUGUCAUGAGAAUGCAUCUUCGUAAUGUGAAAAAGAUAAAAAGAUGUAAAACGGCACAAUUCAUUUAUCUGAUUGCAGGAUUUAUCAGCCUACUAAGUUCUGUAGCCGUGUGGGCUGACUUCAUGCGUCACCUACCUCAUGAAAUAGGAGCUAGUUAUCAUUUGAAAAAGUUCACACUUCGACAUCGAAAUCAACUCCUUGAAGAGAAGAAGAAAGCCUCAUCCAGAGAUCAAUUGAAAAAUCCGCUAACUCAUUUAACAAUGUCAAACAGAAGUACACCUUUGUAUCGAAAUUAUGAGAAUAUGCAAAUUCCUACGCAACAUAUACAUCUUAGUGUGAAUUAUCUAUUUGGUUGGGCAUAUUGGUUUUGUGUUGUGGCAGUAGUGUUCCUAUUCCUCAGUAAUCUAAUCUACCUAAUGCGAAAAGACUGUGAAGAACAGAAACAGUCGACUGAAGUGGUUUGA